AAUUACAAAAUAAAACUGCUCAACAUCCCCUUAUAAACUUCAAUAUGUACUUCUUCUGCAGAGAGAAAGUGACGAAAACAAAACACAAAAAGAAAGAAAAUUGUAGUGACGAAUAAAGGCAUUUAGUCUGUGAUUCUAAAGCUUUGUUUCCAAGAGAUUCAAAGUAGACUUGGGGCAGAUCCUUUUGAAAGUAAAAUCGAUUUCGCUGUCAAUUAAAGACAUGGAAUCAAAAAGCAUAAUUGCUGACUUGAACAAAGGAGAAAAACUAAAUGGAGACAACUACGAUAUUUGGAAUCGUAAAAUACGGUACGUACUGGAAGAACAAAAUGCUCUUAAAGGUAUUAACCAUGUCAUAUGUAUACCAGAAGAGGGCAAUACUGCACAACACAGAAGAGACCUUGAAUCUUAUAAAGCUUGGAAAAAGGAUGAUUCCAUUACACGUGGAAUCAUUGUAAGUUCUGUGGUUGAUGACCUCAUACAUAAGUGUAAGGAAUUUCCUAAUGCCAAUGUCAUCUGGGCACACUUGCAAGGAACAUAUAGGGGUACUUCUGUCACCCGCCUCAGACAGCUGACUAUCAAGUUUGACACUUACAAGAAGUGUCAUGGUCAGAACAUCAAACAACACCUUAAGGUGAUGUCUAAUAUGAUAGUUCAACUCAAAAAUGCUGGUCAUGUUCUCUCAGAUGAGUGGCAGUUUCAGGCAGUGAUCCGAUCUCUUCCCAAGAGUUGGGAAUACUUGAAGGUCAAAUUUACCCACAAUGAUAACAUCAAAACUUUUUCUGAUAUUGCCCGUCAUGUUGAACUUGAAGAUGAGCAACUUGGUGCUGCUAAAGCUACUUCUAAUGCCUUUAUGGCAGAAUCAAGUGGUAAGAACUCUUCAGGAUUCAAGCGUAGUAAAAAGUGAAAAAAGAACGGAAAGGGUAAAGAGGCUAAAGGAGGACCCUCCGAGAAAAAUAACAAGUCAAAUUUUAAGAAGGGAAAAAAGUUUUUCAUGAAGAAAGACAAGAGUAAAAUGAAGUGUUACAACUGCCAAGUUCUGGGGUAUUUUGCUCGUGAAUGUCCUGAGGAAAAAAAGACUCAGGAGCCACCGACCAUGUGAGUCGAGAUCGAGAAGAAUUUGUAGAGUUCUGUCGAGUUUCACUUGUAUCAAGGUGGAUCUAUGUAGCAAAUAAUGCAAGACUGGAAGUUAAAGGGAUUGGCACUUGCAAAGUAGAUUUGCGUGGAGGUUGGUCUUUAAUGUUGCAUGACGUCCUAUAUGCUCCAUAAAUUUGACGAAACUUAAUAUUUGUGUCUGUUCUUUUAGAUGUUGGUUUUCAUUUGUUUUUUAGUCGUAAUUGUGUAAGAAUUACUCUAGAUAAUGUUUUUUAUGGUUUUGAACAUCGUUAUGAUCGCUUUAUUAUUUUAGAUUGUAAUCCU